UAAAUUUGUCAACUGAUGACAUCACUAUAAAAAGCCGUAUGCAAUAAACCCGUUUUCCUUAUAUCUAUUUUAUAUUUUCGUUAAUUAAUGUUCGUUGAUUAAUUUAGUUUAUAAUAGACUUGUCGACAGAGCAAUUGUGUGGAGAAUGAAGACUAUUGUGGCGGUGUUCUUGCUGGUGUGGGGAUGUCAAGGAUUGGAUAACAAUCUUCAGAACGUAAAUAAAUGGCUUGGAACUUUUUUAACUCCCACAAAUAAAAGAUCCACGCAUUGUAAGACUGAGAAGCAGGAACUGGGAAAAUGUGUAAAAAUUUCGGAAUGCAUGGACAGAAACGAAAUCGACUUGGAAAAGAUGGACGUUUAUAGACAGUUAAGCUGCCACUACUUGAAGACAUGCUGUCCAAGCAGUCGAUUGGUUAAAACCGGGACAGUUACUCCACCUCCAAUGCCGGAAAAGAAGGCAGGUUGUGGAUGGAGCAACCCUGGCGGCUACACAUUCCGCGACUCUUCAAAUACGCACGCCGAGUUCGGAGAGUUUCCUUGGAUGGUUGCUUUGAUGAGAAAAGUCAAUCAGAACCAGGUAUGGGAUUCAAAGGAUUACUUGGGAGGUGGAACUCUGAUCCACCAUUCGGUGGUGAUGACGAUCGCUCAUAAACUCAUGAAUAUUAGUAACGACCCGCUUUUGAUUAAAUGCCGUCUUGGCGAAUGGGAUACGCAGAAUACGAACGAAAUUUAUCCCCACCAAGACAGAGACGUCAGUAAAAUCCUUGUUCAUGAGCAGUUCUCUUCGGCGUUGUUAGCAAAUGACGUUGCCCUAAUAAUUACAUCGUCCCCAUUCGAUCUAACCGACCCCCAUGUGGGGAUUGCCUGUUUGAGCUUCAAUGAGCCUAAAAUGGAUGCCAGUUGUUUUAGCAUGGGUUGGGGUAAGGACUUCAAUAAUAAUGACAAAUACGCUGUUUGGUUAAAGAAGGUGCCAUUGCCAAUAGUUGACCACGGAACUUGUGAAUAUGCCUUGCAAAGUUCGCGGCUUGGAAGUAAAUUCAGGUUGCAUAACACAUUGAUAUGUGCUGGUGGAAGGAAGAACUUUGACACGUGUACUGGUGAUGGAGGCUCCUCACUAGCUUGUCGCACUUCGAGCGAUGGCGCCUCACCGCGUUACUCAGUGUACGGAAUGGUUUCGUUUGGCGUCGAUUGUGGUACAGAACUACCCGCUGGAUACACCAACGUGGCGUCGGUGAUUCGAUGGGUCACUAAUAAAUUUGCUGAGGAAAACCUUGACGUUACGUUCUUUGCUUAAAAAUAUCAGUUGCAUAUUUUCGACAGGCCAGGUCUAUGCGCUAUGACGAGAUUAUAAGCUGACAGUUUGCAUUUAAUAUAAUUGAAAACUAAUCUUUUGCACGUAACUUUGUACGAAAACUUUGUUAUUUAAUGGUUACGUUCGUGGUUUGAGCUUAACCAUAGUUUUACACGCCUAAUUUUUAUUGCAAAGCCAUCUCUAUACUGACACAAGGCGCCUUGUCGAGGCCCUAACCACGAAUAUUGUUAAGUCGUGGCGGCACAAGUGGUAGCCAUCCACACUCUCGCUUUAUUUAGUUAGUUGCUCGCUACAACGAGAUUGACUGCCUUCUAACACCUUUAUGAUUUGCUUUGUAAUCACAAAAACAAGUUUUUUUCUUUCAUGGGUAUCUUUCAUCUAACAUUACGGAGAUUAUAGUUUUUAACUGUAUUGAAUGAAGUUUUUUAUUCAAUGAUAAAAUUCCUUAAAAGCCAUACACAAAUCGUUAGUCAACUCCAUCAUGACAAGAAAAAGCGAGACUUUGCAGUGCAGUGGCAGUGUAGUGAUGUUUCACAAAUGUUACCGCGAAACGAUUGUUUUACAAUUAUAUUAAUAUUGUUUCCUCUUUUUUACAAUGUCAUUAGCUAAUAAAGUAUACGAGCUUA